AACUGCACAGCUCUCAUCUCUCCUGUGUUGGCUGCUCUCGCUGUUGUUCUCACUGCUGCUGUCCUUGCUGUGGUCACCUUCGUCUUGUACAGGAGAUGUAAAGCCAAACAGCCCACGCCUCCUCCGAGUGAGCCAGAAGUGCAGGAGUUGAACCUUCAGCCACCAGGAGAAAGAAAGAGAGAGACAGCAAGAGAGAGAGUCCACAAAGCUCCUGUCGUCUCACCUGUCUUUUUUGCUCCUGGACGCAGCAUCUCAAUAAAACAGGUCUUCUCAUCAUUUAGUUUCCUGCCUUCUCUUUCCUCUCCCUCCUUUUUUUCUUGUCUCCUUUCUCCUCAUCUCCUACUUACUCUUCUCCACUCUCCUUGUCUCUUCCCUCCUCAUCUUGUCUCCUCGUCUUCUCCUACCUUCUUUCCUUAUCAUGGCGGUGUCUUUGUGGCGGCGCUCACUGGAGGAAGUGUCUCUACAGCGACGGCAGCAGGCAGAGUGUGAGCGUGCUCAGGAAGCACUGUCCCGUGUUACUUCCUGUUUCCAGCAGCUGGCCUCGUCAUUGGGGAGCUCAGCUGAUGACAGCUUCCUGCGAGAAGAGCUGCACAAGACGCGCUCUCUCGCCCACCGCAUCAGCCAAGGUUUGGCUCGUCGCCUGAUUCGUCUGUUGUCUGCCUCUGACUCCGCCCCUCUGCAUGACCCUGUGACCUCCAAUGACCCCACCCGUUCCUCUGACCCCGCGCCCUCCAGUGAGCCCGCCCCCUCCUCUGACGGACAGGUGAGCGAGCGGCUGUGGGUGAACUUCCUGUCUGCAAUGGAGUGCUUCCUGUCUGACCUUCGGAAAGUGAGCGAUCUGAUUGACCAGUUCCCUCUGACACAGCGCUCGGACCGCUGCUCUCUGAUUAACAGCGGGUGUAUGGAUGGCGUACUGGGGCUAGCAGCUGGUGUGGCAGCGGUUCAGGCUCCUUGGAUCAGUUUGGACGAAGAUCCUACUCCAGACCUUCAGAACCACAUCCGCACUUUAGACCAUGAUCUCCAACAUCUGCAACAGCGGGUGCCUGUGGCCUUCUGGGGCGUGGAGCCCUCUAAGCCGCUCUGGUUCCAGUUGGAUUUGUCUCGGGCUGAGGUGGAUUCAGAGCAGAGUCUGGAGGAGCUGAUGACGGUCAACACUAACAACGAUGCCACAAUCUGCUGCCACUGCUGUGUUUGAAAGAGAGAGAAGGGGCAAAAGAGGGGGCGGAGUGAGAGAGGAGGGGCACAAGAUGGGGUAGGGAGAGAGGAGGGGCAAUGGGAGGGGCAAUAGGAGGGGCGUGCAUUAGUCGCCUGUUACAUUUGUUACUGUAUGCUUUUUAACUAUUACUAAAGAUUUGUGUUUAUUAUUUAGUAGUGUCUAGUUUCAUAGCUUCAUUGCAAUGUCAACCCUUUAAAAUGUUUUGGUGCUGUCAUAUUAUAAAUAAAAAAUGUCUGACU